UCUUGUCGUCAAGCUAAUCACAAUAUAUUGCUAUCACCAUGUCUGCCGCACCAGCCAAGAAGCCCGCCACCACCAAGAAGCCAGUGGAGCAUCCGAAGUACAGUGAGAUGAUCGCAGCCGCCGUCGACGCGCUGAAAGAACGCAAUGGAUCUUCGAGACAAGCCAUCAUCAAGUACAUCAAAGGGAACUACAAAGUCGGGGAAAAUGCUGAUGUUCACGUUAAGCUCGCUCUGAAAAAGGGCGUCUUUGCCGGCGAACUCGUUCAAGUCAAGGGAACUGGUGCCAGCGGAAGCUUCAAGUUGGCCGCUAAGAAACCCGCUGCCAAGAAAGUUGUCGUAAAGAAACCCAUCGUCAAGAAAGCCGCUGUGAAGAAGCCUGCUGCAAAGAAACCAGCUGCGAAGAAGCCUGCUGCAAAGAAACCAGCUGCGAAGAGCCCUGCUGCGAAGAAACCAUCAGCUGCUAAGAAGCCAGCUGCGAAGAAACCAGCAGCUGCCAAGAAGCCAGCUGCGAAGAAGCCAGCUGCGAAGAAACCAGCUGCGAAGAAGCCAGCCGCCAAGAAAGCUACGAAGAAGCCGGCUGCCAAGAAAAUAGCGAAGAAGUAAAAUGUCACUAGAGUUCAAUAACCAAC